AUGGAUCCAUUUAAUGAUGUUUACAAAGAUGCCGUCUCCCAGGUUAAUCAGCUGGAUGGCAUCAUAAAUAAUCUCACACCCAAGAACAUCAACCAAAGUAAUAUUGACGAUAUUGAGAAUAAUAAACAGGAACUAAAUGAAACAAUCCAGGAUCUCAGGGACACUGUUAGAAUCAUACGAGAGAACAACGACAAUUAUAAUAUCUCUGAAAAAGAACUCGACGAGAGGAUAGCAAAAGUCGAUAAGAUCUCUGCUACCUUUCAACAGCUGAAUUUACAUUGGAAUGAUAAACUGGCCAAGAGACCUAAGGAAGUUACCACAAUGGCAAAUAGAAUAUCACAGGAUUACGGUAACGAGAACCCAUUUAAUAAUGACACUGCUUUCCAGGAAUUCCAACAGCAGGAGGUGUUGAGAGAGCAGGACCAGCAUCUUGAUAGCGUCUACAACACCAUGCAAAACAUUCAUCUUCAAGCCUCCACUAUGGGUACAGAGCUGGAGGACCAAGGUAUCCUAUUGGAUGAUCUGGAUACAGACUUUGAUCGGGUUGGAGGCAAGUUGACCUCUGGCGUUAAGAGAAUCGAGUGGUUCAUAGAAAAGAAUAAGGAAAGAGCUAGCGACUGUUGUAUCAUAUUGCUGAUUAUUGCGUUGAUAUUUCUGUUAGUGUUACUAUUUAUUGCUUAG